AAUGAAAUUCAGUGUUCAGGGAGUCCAUGAAGUUCAGAGUUUAAGAAAUCUUCUCAGAUAUUGACUUAAACUGCUAUCAAUAUAUUGAGAUGAUGAAAUAAUGGGUAAUCCCCAAUUUGCACUGCUACACAGCUAUUUGGACAGCCAAACAAAGAAGCGAAGUCUUCCGCACCCGUGCUUAAGAGUGGGAUUAUCCCUCACCGCGGUUUUUUCUGCUAAUAUGUAACAAAUGUACCAAUUGCCGAUUUACACACCCUUUUUUAAUAAGUAUAAAUUGCAAGUUGAAUUGGUCCCUUGAUUCUGUCACCCUAUAUAGUUAAGCAGAUGGUUCGCUAUCACCCUCUUCAAACUUUGGGAAGUCUACCCAUCUCGUUUUCCCUUCAAUCAACUCAAGGAGGGGGAGGGGCGGCAUACGGAGUUGACAUCCCCCCCCCCUCCGCUGUUUAUCGCCCGCGGGACAGUCCUGCGAGGUCGGGUAGCCCCGCAGCUCCCUUUAAAUCCGGAUCUCUUCGCUCUUCUGCUAAACUGACAACUCCAGCCCGCGGGACUGCGGUUACCCAGCAGGGGCCGAAUCUGGGAGUAACAAGGCCCGCUUAGAAAGGGGUGCGGUUUGGGGUUUGGCUUUCCUGCGUGCUUCUCGUUGCAAGUCGGUGGAAUCGAGGGGAAGGAGGCAGGCAGGCGGGCGGGGCUGCGCAAACUUCCACUCCACUUGGCUCGGGGGAAAGGCCUGGGUCCCACCAGCCCCUAAGCCCGGAGAGAAAGCGCAGAGCCGCCCUGCCGCAGCACCCUCGUCGACCUCCGGGAGUUUGGGCGAGGCGGAGCCAGCCUUCCGCGUGGCUGGCUAGCGGCCGGGAGGGAGGGGAAGGAGGAGCGGGCUGGCGGGAUGAUCGGGACGAUCCUCUGUUACGUCCUGCUGCCCCUGUCGCGGCUCCUGCAGGCUUUCCAAGAUGCUUUCUUUAACUGUCGAAAGAACGCGCUUCUGCCAAAGAGCACAUCUAUAGACGGCCUUUCUGGUCCAAUUGGUGGGAAGCCGAGCUUGGAGGAGAAGCAAGCCCUGCUGCAGCAGUGGCUGGAGAAGGGGGCUGGGGGAGGUUGCACUAAUGAGAGGGCUUCAGAACUGCACGAAGUAUCGGCCAUUUCGGCUGUGGAGUGGCAAGAAGGCCCAGAGCUACUGAUGACAAGCUUAAGCAACUUGAUUGUCUCACCACAGUCUAAUGACCAAGAGAAGGAAGAGGAACAGCAGCUGCUGCUGCUGCAAGGGGUCCCCACUGAGGAAUCUUCUGGGCUACAGGAAUUUGUAGAACCUACCUUGGCAAGCUCACUAACACAGGAAAAAGAGGAUGUGGAAGUCAAUGCUCCAUGGGCAGCAGUACGGACAGAGGGUGAUCUUCCAGAUGUGGAUGCUUCUUUGUCCACCGAAGUAUGGAUUGAAGAUCCUGCUGUGCUAGCCUGGAGUCCUGCCCAGGAGAAUGAUGUGAUAUCAGCUGAGGCAGUAAUGUGGCCUUUUGCAGAUGCAGGUCAAUUUCAGCCACUUCCCCUAGAGAUACCUUAUCAUGAGAUUUUGUGGAGAGACUGGGAAGAUCUCUCUGCCUACAACCCAGAACUGAACCCAGAGAGUGGGUCUCUGUUUGAAUUCAGAGUAAUGUCUUACAACAUUCUGGCCCAGGACCUGAUUGAGCAGUGCCCUCAUCUUUACAUGCAUUGCCAUCCAGAUACCCUAAACUGGAGCUAUCGUCUUGCAAAUCUCUUACAGGAGAUCCAGCACUGGGAUCCUGAUAUUCUCUGUCUCCAAGAAGUUCAAGAGAAUCAUUAUUGGGAGCAGUUGGAGCCAACGCUGAUAAUGAUGGGCUUUACCUGUAUCUACAAGCGGCGGACAGGAAGAAAGACAGAUGGUUGUGCAAUCUGUUACAAGCAGAAUAAAUUCCAACUGAUCAGUGCUAGCCCUGUUGAAUACUUCCGGCCUGGUUUGGAUAUCCUCAGCAGGGACAAUGUGGGCCUGGUGUUACUACUACAGCCCUUAUUAACAGAAAACCUGGGAGAGAAGGCAAUCAGCCCUUUGUGCGUGGCAAACACUCAUAUAUUAUAUAGUCCCCGUCGGGGAGACAUCAAACUGGCCCAGAUGUCUCUGCUCUUGGCAGAGAUUGACAAAACCGCAAAACUGGCUGAUGGCAGUUACUGCCCCAUCAUCUUAUGUGGGGACAUGAACUCUGUGCCUGACUCACCGCUAUAUAAGUUCAUCCGGAAUGGCCAGUUGUACUAUCAUGGAAUGCCAGCCUGGAAGGUGUCUGGACAGGAGGAAUUCUGUCAGAACCCACACCAACGGAAAUUGCUGUUUCCUCUGUGGCCUGGCUGCCUGGGUAUAACAGAUGACUGCCAAUAUAUCACUCUUUGUCAAAGCAAGAAGUCAGACAGACUUAAAUACAGUCGUGACUUCCUGCUUCAGUUCCGUUACUGUGAUGUUGCCUGUGAGCGACCUGCAGACUUGAUCCUGUUGGAAGGUGUGACAGAUGCUGUGCCAGACCGUCCUGCAUAUUGGCCUAAAGACCUCACUGUAGAGAACAACUCUGAUCCAGAACUGGUUUGUUCAAGGUAUCCAGGCAGUAUUCACCAUAGCCUCAACCUAACCUCAGCUUACAACCACUUCCUGCCUGAGAGAGGUUGCCAAGAGAUUACAACCAUGCCAAUGGGAGUGGGAGCCACUGUGGAUUAUAUAUUUUACUCAGCAAUGCCAAUCAAGAAUGAUCAGGAAGAAUAUCGCAAGAUGUUCCAAGAUGGAGCCCUAAAGCUGCUUGGCCGCCUCUCCCUUCUCUCUGAAGACAUCCUUUGGUCAGCAAAUGGCUUGCCAAAUCCUUUCUGUUCAUCUGAUCAUCUUUGUCUGCUGGCCAGUUUUGGGCUAGAGAUUUCUGACUUCUAAUCAUGUGCCAGAUCUUCAGGACUCUCUUAGAGUUGGCCUGAAUGAGAAAAUCAUGCCACUGAAGUUUGCAUCAGCGAACGAAAAGAAAAAAAAGGAUCUUCCCCACCCUCCCCCCUUUCCUAUUUUUGAGAUGUCCUUGUUCUUUUCUCCCUUUUUUCAAGAGGAAAUAAUGAUUUGGUUUACUCUAGAAUUCUGUAAUCUUAGUCUAAGCUUCACUGCCAUUUUAUGUCUGCCUAUAGUCUGGCUACUGCACCAUCUUAAAUUUGUUCUCUGGUUUGAAAGUAUGCUCACACACCAUCAGUUAGCAGGGCGUGUCGCGGAGCACAGCAAAAAUCUGAACGGAGUCUUCAUGUGGGCUACACACACAAACACACAAAUACUUGCUUUGUGCUGCAGGUAGCAAGAGAUCUCUAUACUGUUUAUUAUUGCACUCAAACCAGAGUGAUGGUUGGUGGAGUGAUUUUAACUUUUUGAGAGCUGGUGAGCUAUUGCUUCUGAUGAUCCUGUUUCCACAGGUAAAUGCUUGUUGACUGGCGUGUCCCUCUUGUCUGUUUGGUAAUGGAAUUAAUUCAGCUGGCGUCCCCUGGCUACACAGAAAUUUUCCCAUAAAGAUUUUCCUUGCAAUUUAAUUUGUUUCCAUGUCAACAAAGCUUCUUGAAAACUCUUAAGAUUAAAAAUUAAUUUCAUUUUCUGCUCU